GUGAAAAAACACACACGGCUAUUUUUCCAGUCAAAAUUUUCAUCUUUUUCUUCCUCUUUUCUCUUCUUAUCAUCUCAUUUAUCACCCACCUUCCUCACAACUUCGUUCCUGAGAAAAGCUUCUUACUUUCUUGCUUUCAAAUUGCUUUUGUCAUCUCUUUCUCUUGGUUUAAAUCUCUCUCAUCUGCCCCCAUCAGCACUUGCCAUUUGGAAUCGUUUAUUCUCUCAUGUUUUGUUCUGUUCUUGUGUCAGAAUCUUAGAUACCCAUUUGCUGUAUAUUUUUUCAUGCUGCAAGCUCAACUUCCAUGCUCGUAGGUUCUUGAUUGCUUCUAUUCCCUCACCCUCGUUAGAUUAUAAUUGUUUCUCAUAGCAUUUUGUAAAUGGAGAAGGCCAUGGACUGCGAGCAGAAGAUUCUCAUCAGUGAGCUCAACCAAGGGAAAGAGUUAGCAGAGCGGCUAAGGAAGCAUCUGAACUCUAUUUCUUCGCCUGAAUCCCGUCAAUUUCUUGUUGAGCAGAUACUUUCUUCUUAUGAAAAAGCACUUUCUAUGCUAAAUUGGGGUGCUCCUGCUGUUGAGAUUACGCCCACUAUUACUACAUUGGAAUCACCUUGCUACUACGCCAAUUGCAGCCCUGGAAGUGAUGUCUCAGAUCAAGACUGCAAGGAUCAAUGUCACAAAAAUAUUUACAAGAAGAGAAAGACAGAACCCAGAUGGACUGAACAAGUGAAGGUUAUUUCAGGGACAGGUCUGGAAGGACCAGUUGAUGAUGGUUAUAACUGGAGAAAAUAUGGCCAGAAAGAUAUUCUUGGAGCUAAUUUUCCAAGAGGAUACUACAGAUGUACUCACCGUCACUCACAAGGUUGUCUGGCUACGAAACAAGUUCAAAGAUCAGAUCAGGACCCCACAAUUUUUGAAGUCACUUAUCGAGGAAGACAUACCUGUUUUCAAACCUCUCGUUUUGCUAUAGCCUCAACAUCCUUGAUAAAUGCCAAGUCGAAACUAGACAAAGAAGGUUGUCAAUUAGAAGAACAAGAACAAAAAUCAAAGUUAUUAAAAGAGUUGUCUUUCAACUUCACAGAAGAACUUAAAAGUCAGGAGUGGAACACUGAAGAUGACAUAUUUCACUUAUUUUCCUUUCCGGAAACAACCAUAGGGAGUGGAGAUGAGGAAAAUGAUAUUUUUAAGGAGUCUAUGCUGGAAAAUAAUAUUUUGGGUAGUCUUUCUACUGCAUUUAUAUCUCCGGCCACUUCUGACUCUAGCUACUUGGCGAUGUCUCCGUGCCACAUGAACAACUUAGGAAUAGACCACAAUGUAAGAACGCCGGAAUCUAAUUCAGCCUCAACUUCCGGUACCAAUUCGCCAAUUGGAGAUUGGGACUUAUUAGAUAACGUGGAUUUUGACACCAAUUUUCCUCUGGAUAAUCCAGAAUUAUUGGCUUAAUUAAUACUAUAUUUGAUAUGAAAAUAGUUGAUCCUAGUCCGCACUGAAAGAGAGAUUAGAAGGAUGUGCAUAAAUCUCUUGUUCUGCCGGGUCAGAGAGAAACUUUCAAUUAAUUAGGUAAUAAUAAUUUUGUUUUUCUUAUUAUUAAAUUUUUAAGUACUUUUUCAGUUUUUUCUCCGAGAAUAACUCGAGUAGAUUGUAACUUUUUAAAGUACUUUUGUAAGAUGUUUAGAAUCUAGAAUCAAUCUUGUUGUUAAUGAAAUAAAAAGCCUUUUCUCAUUUGAAAA